AUGGAGCUAAGUAACCUGGGAAAAUUUCCUCUUAAUGGUUCUCCGCGGGAGAUUGCUGAUUAUUUGGAAUGCUUUGAUGCGUGGUGCAUUUCCAAGAAUGUUCGGGAUGAUAAAAUACCUGCUCAUUUCAUCACCGCUAUUGGUCUUGAUGCAUAUAGCCUGGUGAAGAAUCUGGCGUUUCCAGAUAAACCCAUUUCUAUGUCAUAUGCUAAGCUCCGUGAACUUCUUAUAGAUCACUUCCAUGUAACUACUUUUGAGACCAGAGAGAGGGCUCACUUCAACAAACUGGUACGUUCUCCCAAUCAGAAGAUUAGAGACUUCAUUCUUCAACUUCAAAUUCAAGCCUCAAAGUGUAAUUUUGGAGAUCAGCUGCAUACACAACUACGUGAUCGUCUAAUUGCUGGAAUCAAUAUUCCUAAAUUAGAGAAAGAGUUAAUUCAGAUUCCUUCUUGUACGUUUCAAACUGCUAAAGAUGUAUGUAUUACAUAUGAAGAUGUCAAUAAUGAAUACUCUGCUCCCACUACGUCAGUGUCUGAUGUUAUGCUUUCUAAAGUCGAAAAUACAAGUGUUCAUGGAAAGAAAUCCAAACUGCCGUCCACAGGUAAUAGAAUGCAGCGAGAGAUCAAAAACAUUAAACCGUGUUUAUCCUGUGGAAAGUUACAUCUACGAAGCACUUGCCGUUUUCGGAGUGCUAAGUGCUAUAAAUGUGGUAAAGUUGGACACAUCAAGACGGUUUGCAGAAGUUCGAGUACUUAUGUUGCUCAACAUUCUUAUAAUUCUCCCAAGCUGUCUAGUAAAAUGGAGUCUAUGUGUCUUUCAACUUUUCAAAAUACUCAAGCUAAUCCAACGAAAACCUCCACUGCAAGUUCAGCAACGCAAGUAUCAACUGUAUUCAAAAAUGAGGUAGCUAAGUUGCAAUGUGAACUGUCGAAAACACGAAAAGACCUGAAUGAGAUGAGAGAGCAACUGAAUAAAAUUGAGGAAUUACUGCAUAUGCAUAGACUACGUCUGGUGAAUCCAGAGCAUACAAGUUCUUGUGAAAGUCCUGCAAAACUAUUCAAAUCUCGAAUUCUCAAAAAGCAUCUGAUGUCCACUACUUCUAAUGUACAUUAUUACAAAGAUAAUAACUACAGACCUUCUGUUGGAAUUAUACUACAAAAAAUGGGAAAUCGAGUGGUGAAGAUAUUAGACAUCAAAGAUCACUCAGUUCAUAACGGACACCUGGACAAAGUGACAAUAAAUGAAGUAGGUCGUUCCAAUUAUAAUAUUAUUGAUUCCGCUAAUAAUCCUGAUUUUGUAGAUAAUUCAGAAAUAAGUCCAGAUAAUACUGAUGAAAAUAAUAUCACAGAAUCAGUUAG